AUGAAUUUCAAUACAACUAGAUAUUACCAAUUGCUUGGUAUCGAAACGAAUGCAACCAACGAAGAAAUUAAGCGAGCAUACAGACAGCUUGCUCUACAGUAUCAUCCAGAUAGAAAUCCAGACCCAAACGCUGCUGAAAUGUUUAAAGAAAUUCAUGAUGCCUAUGAAGUUUUAAUGGAUGAAAAGAAAAGAAAAAUAUAUGAUCAAUAUGGAGAGAAUGGUUUGAAAUUAUUUGAAGAUGAUGUGUUGGGUGAAGGUGCAGAGGUAGUAGGAAUGAUGCUUUCUGGCUCCAAGUUUUUGUUGUGUAUAUUGUUUUUGUUGCUCGACGGUGUCGUUGGUUGGAGUUGGUGGAUCAACGCUAUUCCAGUGCUCGUCGGACUGUUUAUCAAGUUCAUCGUUAUCAUUGCCGAUCAGAAAUCCGACGCCAAACACAGCCAACUCGAUGAAGUACACAAAAAAGAUAUGUCUUCACUCAACAGUUUCUUCUUGUGCUGUUACUGUUUCCUCUUGAUACCACUGGUAAUUUUCAUUGCAUUGUUAGUUUCACAUCUCGACGGUAAAAGUUAUUCAAUGGCAUCAGUUUUCAUUCCAAUUUUCAUUGUUUUAGGUUUAUUAUUCUGUGUAUGUUGUUUGUUUGUUCCAUUCUUUGUUUGUUGUAAACCAGGAGAUGAUAUGGAUCUUCCAUAUGGUAUGGAACCACCCGAUUUCUUCACAGUUGUUGCCGCCAGAAUGCAAAGACCACAAAAAUUCUUGGAACAAGCUGGUGCCAACAAUGUUUAG